GAGAAGAGAAGCGGCGGGGCUGGGCUGGGCACGGCACGGCACAGCCCCCGGGGUGAGGGGCCCGGCACCGCAGCGCGGGGCUCUGCGGGGCCCGGCGUGAGAGAGGGGCGGCGGGCGCCGCGCGCGCGCGCGCGGGGGCGGCCGGCACCACCAUGACAACAGAGAAGAGCCCAGCGGCGGACGCCGACAGCUCGGACCAGCAGCAAGCCAAGGAGGAGGAAGGAGCUGCUGAAGCACAGAAACAGGAGGCUUCUCUGGAGGAAGGGGCUCAGCCUACGUCAGAGGGGCAGGGGCAGAAGCAGAAGGCCUCCAACGGAGACACCCCCACGCACGAGGAGCAGAGCAAGAAGGAACGUCGCACCUCCGAGGGCCGGGGCCUGUCCCGCCUCUUCUCCUCCUUCCUCAGGAGGCCCAAGUCUCAGGUGUCUGAAGAGGAAAAAGACACUGAUGCUCCUAAAGAGGCAGGAGGUGACCAGAAAGGCGCAGGAUUAGGAGCCAGCCCUGAUGAAGACAUCCUGGUGAAAGCGCCGAUCGCAGCUCCUGAGCCCGAGCUCAAAACCGACCCGUCACUGGAUCUCCAUUCCUUGAGCAGUGCAGAAACACAGCCUGCACAGGAGGAGAGGAGGGACGAGCAGGAGCCAGAAGGCAAAGACCCUGAGGACAAGGAAGAAGGAGAAGCCAAGGAAGAGUGUGCCAAGCCGGAGCCUAAACCAGAGACUCCGGAGACCAAAGCAGACAAGGAUUUGAAAGCUGCCCAGAAAGCAGUGAAAAGACACAGAAACAUGUACUGCAAAGUGGUCUUGCUGGAUGACACCAUUUUUGAGUGUGCUGUGGAUAAACAUGCCAAGGGACAGGAGCUCCUUAAAAAAGUCUGUGACCACCUCAAUCUGCUGGAAGAAGACUACUUUGGUUUGGCCAUAUGGGACACACCAACCUCCAGGACGUGGCUGGAUCCUGCCAAAGAAAUAAAAAAGCAGGUUCAUGGAGGCCCCUGGGAUUUUACCUUCAAUGUCAAGUUUUAUCCUCCAGAUCCUGCCCAGCUGACAGAGGAUAUAACCAGGUAUUACCUGUGUCUUCAGCUCAGACAGGACAUCCUCACGGGGCGGCUGCCCUGCUCCUUUGCAACCCUGGCCCUGCUGGGCUCCUACACGGUCCAGUCGGAGCUGGGGGACUAUGAUCCCGAGCUCCACGGCCCAGAUUACAUCACUGAGUUCAAACUGGCCCCAAACCAGACAAAAGAGCUCGAAGAGAAGGUUGUGGAGCUUCAUAAAACAUACAGAUCCAUGACUCCAGCCCAAGCAGACCUGGAAUUUCUUGAGAAUGCAAAAAAGCUGUCUAUGUAUGGAGUCGACCUUCACCAAGCCAAGGACUUGGAAGGAGUGGACAUCACUCUGGGAGUCUGUUCCAGUGGCCUUCUUGUUUACAAAGACAAACUGAGAAUCAACCGCUUCCCGUGGCCCAAAGUCCUGAAGAUUUCCUACAAACGCAGCAGCUUCUUCAUAAAGAUUCGGCCGGGGGAGCAAGAACAGUAUGAAAGUACAAUUGGGUUCAAGCUUCCAAGCUACCGGGCAGCGAAGAAGCUGUGGAAAGUCUGUGUCGAACAUCACACCUUCUUCAGGCUGACUUCCACCGAGGCCAUCCCGAAGAGCAGGUUCCUGGCGCUGGGCUCCAAGUUCCGCUACAGCGGGCGGACGCAGGCGCAGACGCGGCAGGCGAGCGCCCUGAUCGACCGGCCCGCGCCCCAGUUCGAGCGCACGGCCAGCAAACGAGCCUCCAGGAGCCUGGAUGGAGCUAAACGUGCGACUCAGAGAGUUGAGUUCAGGACCGUAGAGGAAGAGAAGCAGAAGGAGGUGGUGGUGGUUGAGGUUCCUGAACCAAAACCUGCGGAUCAGAUCCGAGAGAAGCCAGCAGUGGCUGUGAUAACCCCGGAGCGGAGUCCCCGGCCCACCUCGGCCCCGGCCAUCGCUCAGAGCCACCCUGCAGAGCCAGCCCCAGCUAAGCCUGACGUGAAGGACGCGGCCACAUCUAAAAUGGGGAAGGAAACAGCAAAAGCUGAUGUGAGACGUGAGGAAUUCCCACCAGAGAAAGCCAAGGCAGAGCCAGCUGAUGCAUCCAAGGUGAGGAAAACACACAUUGAGGUCACAGUCCCCACCACGAAUGGUGCCCAGCCCCAGCAGCAGCCUGCAGAAAAAGAGGAAGAGCUGAUAAGAAUGAGGAAGAAGAGAUCAAAGAGGCUAGAUGGUGAAAACAUUUAUAUCAGGCAUAGCAAUUUAAUGUUGGAGGAUCUAGAUAAGCCCCAGGAGGAAAUCAAGAAGCACCAUGCCAACAUCAGCGAGCUGAAGAAGAACUUCAUGGAGUCCGUCCCGGAGCCGCGGCCGAGCGAGUGGGACAAACGUCUGUCCACCCACUCCCCUUUCCGGACCCUCAACGUCAACGGGCAGAUCCCCACGGGAGCGGAUGGAGUCAAGAAAGUCACUGUCCUAUCUUCUGAGAGACAGUCUCCCAGCUACUUUCUCCCCAAUUCUCACCACUUAGGGGUGUGCAAAGAACCAGUCCCAAAAUACCGCACUGACCAGAGGAGGUUGGCUCAGCUGAGGGAGCUUAGAGCCAAGUUUUUCCUCUCCUAAGUACACCUGGAUUUGCCCAGGGCUGCCAAACUAAAGGGAUGGAGAGUUACUGCACAGCAACAUUCCCACAAUCUUUUCUUUCUUCAGCAGAAGUGCUGGAGGCUUUGCAUGGUCCUGUGUGCUGAUUUACUCAUUCCGGGUUUUUAACGUUCCUCAGACUCCAGAAACAAAAGUGCUAAAACACGGAGCAAAAUUCCAGGAGCUUGCAGUGCUCCCACUGCCAUCCUGCCCGUUCCACACGUGGCAUUUCUGAGAAUAGCAAUUUUACACUUGUUCCAGUAGAAUUUUCAGACCAAUCAGUGUUUUGAUCCUCUGGUCAGAACUUUGGAAAAGCCUUUUGUAUCUGCUCUGCAGUCUGGCUGUUCCAUGGCAUUUGCCAGACGCUGGUUUUAAGGGUAGAUUAGGAAGCUGUCAGAGACCACCUUUUGUACUGCACCAUUCCUGUUUCUAAUGCCUCCAGCUUUUUUCUCAACCAUUCCAAUUCCAAAACACUCCAGGAGGUUUUGAGCACCUGCUUUCCUGGCAGGGCAGGCACAAAACCACCACAACCCCG